UUACACGUCCCUAGCAUUAUCUUUGGAGACGUGUGAAGUAGUUUCAGUCCCAUUAGCCGAAGUCAAUGAUCCUUUGAGUAUAUUCCAAGCAUUUGCUCACUCCAGUAUUAAUUAGUUCCUUAAGGUUGGAAAAACCCCAACAAGACAAAUCAUUCUAUUCUGCACUUGUGGGAACUUCAGAAACAGAGGGGGAGGAAAGCAUGAUGUUCCCCAAGAAAGAUCUGGAUCUGCUUUUGGUUCCGAGCGGGCUGGUGAUCAUGUUCACUUAUCAUCUGUUCUUUCUUUAUAAAUACCGGCACUCCCCUGAAACAACAGUCAUGGGUGUUGAGAACGUUGACAGGAGAGCUUGGGUUGAAGGAAUCAUUAAGUUGACACUCGACAAGAGAACUUUCGCCACGAACGUGAUCUCAUCGAGCGUGACAGCUGCAACCUUCCUAGCCUCGGUCUCUCUCACUCUCAGCUCUCUACUCGGGGCAUGGAUCGCAAGCUCCACCGUCGGCAGCAUGUUCCGGCUAAUUGGGGGACUUGGGGACUUGGACCCAUCGACCACUGCCAUCAAGUACAUGAGCCUCUUGGCCUGCUUCAUCCUGGCCUUCGCAUUCUUCCUCCAGUCAGCUAGGCACUUCAUCCAUGCGAACUAUCUCGUCACCACACAAGACGAUAGCAUCAGCAAGGAGGAUAUGAAGGUGGUCAUCAUAAGGGGUGGUGAGUUCUUGUCACUUGGGCUUAGAGCAAUCUAUUUCGCUCUGGCUCUGCUUCUCUGGUUCUUCGGUCCUGUGCCCAUGUUUGCCACAUCCGCCAUCUUGGUGAUGAUUCUGUAUCACCAUGACAUCCAUUCCAUCCCUUUGGCGAGACCCCACCAACUAAAAGCCAGAUUAGGAGGGGUUCAGUAGGUGGUCAAGCUGCAGCUCCUGCCAUUGCAAUGGAGCAUGGAAGUGGGGGUAAGAAAGGGUUGACCAUGACCAGAAUAGAUCGGUCUUCAUUUAUGUAUUUUAUCUGUUAAUUUAUUGCAUCGAUGUCGUGUGCAAGAUCCGGAAUGCUUGGGAAGU